AUGUCACUGUCCUGCAGAUCAUUCGCAAGCAUCGUCCGCAAGCGCGCCGGGUCGGUCCCAGCCAUACCAACGGCAUUCUGCGCUGCCGUCCCGCGCCUCGUCCAGCGAUCAGCCUUCUCGGUUCUCUCGCAUGUCUUGCAGCGCAGUGGCCGAGACUUGCUGCUAGAUUUCUCGGCCAAUCUCAAGAACGGCGGCCGAGCAGAUGUGGGUCGCUCGAGCCAGAGUCAGAACCAGAGCCAGAGCCAGAGCCAGGAUCAGUCGAAUUCUCUGCCGCUGUACAAGCCCGCUGAAGACGAAACCGCAGACAUAGACUCCCGCAACAUUCUCGAUACCCACUACGUUCGUGGCCCCGAUCGCCAUCUCUUUGACAACCGCAAGCUGGACGUCACCAUCGAGCGAACAACUAACGCCCCGAACCAGACCAUCAGCGUCGCCAAGGCCAUGCGACCGGUGCCGACCAAGGCCGGCGAUCCCCAAUCCUUGCCGCGGGCAGUUGCCAAACGGCAGGGCAAGCGGCUGGCACAACUGCGCGAGGUCGUCGAGAUGGUCCGGGAGUCGAAGCUGGGAGUCGAGAUGCGCUCGCAGGAGUGGUACGUCUCCAAGAUGACGUUGUCGACGACCGACAAGGUGUGCGUGAUCUGGUGGAAGCCGAUGGACCCCAAGACGGAGCCGCUGGAGCUGGCCAAUCUGGAAAUUGUGCUGGAUGAAAUUACACCACACCUCCGGCAACUGGUGGCGAUUCAGAUCUCUCACAGAGGAAGCCUCGGGUCAGCGCCCAGGUUCCAGUUCCGACGGGAUCUCACCGAAGAGUAUCAGGCGAGACUCGACGUUGCGUACGACUCGAUUGAAAGCCAGCUCCGUGAGAACGAAGAUCUGUCUGGAUCGCCGGCCGAGCAAAUGCUUUGCCCGCAAGCCGACAACACCGACAACGCCGACAGCAUCGUCAACACCGACAGUAUCCUGCGUUGCGCUCUGUCGCAGAAGCGUCAGGCGACAUCUCUGUCUGCCCUUGAUGCUCUGGAUGCCCUGCCGUCGGGCAUUCCCGGCAUUGUUCCGUCGCUGUGGGAGGCGGGUGCUUGUCCUGAGAAAUCAUUGCCCGCUUCCAGCAGUGCAGCAGUGCAGCAGCCUAGCAGUCCAUCCAUCUAUCCUCUCUGUCAACCUGCAAUGGAGCCGUCCAAGUUCAGCAACGUCCGCGAUGCAUUCGAGAAAAUGGCCGUGGACAAGAGUCCCAUCGACAAAGGGCUGCCGACCCUGCCCAAGAUCACAGUUGCGUCGCUUGCUCGAGCAGACCCGGCGAAGGACUCGCCCUCCACCGAGUCUCAGAUCCCCAAGCGGCAGCUCUCGCCAGCCUCCACCAACAUGAGCGACGACGAGGAUAGCAUCAUUGACGAAGAGAUGGCCGAAAGCAUCACGCCUCUGAGUGCCUCUCAGGGCUCGGCCAAGACGCCGUCGAGCAUCACCAACAGCCGCUUGACCAUGCGCACCAAGAAAUCGGCCGUGGUCAUCAAACCCGAGUUCUCGGACUAUCUCUUGCUGUGGACGCUGAUCGAGAAGGUCGGCGAAGGAUCCUAUGGAGAGAUAUACAGAGCCAUGAGCAAAAGUGGUCCGCAAAUCGUCGCCCUCAAGAUCAUCGACCUCGAGAAAACCACGGACGACCUUGAAGAUUUGCUGGCCGAGGUUGAUUUCCAAGCCAAGUGUCAGUCACCGCAUCUGGCACAGUACUUUGGAGUACCUUGGAGGAGGAACAGCAGAGGAGCUGGCAAGUGUCUGACCAUCGGCUUUUACUGGGGGGGGGACCAUCCGCGGAGUGGCAAGGAAGAAGAGAGGAGCAACGCAAAUCCAAUUGAGAUAGGGCUCUAUGUGGGAGGGAGAAAGAGCUUUCCGACACACUACCCAAUUUCGGCAUCGAAGCUGAUGGCUCUCCAUCUUUGUCAGAUCAAGAACUGCAAGCUUACGGAAGAUCAGUGCGGAUUCAUACUCCGGGAAUCGCUGCGCGGGCUCGAGUACAUGCACAGCAACAAAAAGAUCCAUCGGGACAUCAAAGCGGCCAAUGUUUUGUUCGACAACACGGGCUCGCUCAAGCUCGCCGACUUUGGCGUUGCCGCCCAACUCACCAGCGACCGGGCCUCGCGGACCACAUUCGUCGGGACACCGGUAAUGCAUACCGAGCCGCUGUCGUUGCUCCGGGGAGGGGAGUGUGCGCAGAACGAGUCGGUCUGUGAUCAACUCUAUAUGGCUCCUGAAAUCGUCCAGAACCAGCCCUAUGGCUGUCCAGUCCUGUACCAAAUCCCAACUUCGCCGCCACCGCAGCUCGAGGGGUCGGAGUGGUCGCCAGAGUACCACGAUUUUGUUCGACGACCGACUGCCAUGGAUCUUCUGAAGCACGACUUCAUUUCCAAGUGCAAGAAGGACAAGUCUAUUAUCAAGGUCUCGCUUGAGACCUUCCGGCUGAAUCUCAACGACAAGAGAAGCAGCAAAAAGAGCCAUGCUGGUGCUGUCGUUUUGGAUGGCUUUACAGCCAGCGCCGACAAUGUCCCAGAGCAACUACUCUGCGCCACCGCCAAGGCUCAAUGGCUGCUGCAGGCUACUAAACACCGUCGCUCGAAUUUUGUAUUCUCGUCUCACACACGCCGAUACGGUAGUGAGGUGGACCCAGGUGACUGGUGGGCAAAUUACAACAAGGCGACUGUCGUCAUCGAGGCAGCCGCCACCCCGACGACCUCGGAACCCGAUAUCCCCGACAUCGCCAAGGCCACGAUUCGCUCGGAUCUGGUCAACAUCAACCCAAGGAUCACGAUCAAAAAGCCCCGGGUCAUCCAGAGCUGUGUUCCCGUCAAGGCCGUCCCAGUCAUGGGCUCUGGAGUGCGUCCCUUGGUCACCAACCGCACUUUGCACAUCAACACACACACGAGCACUGGAGCGCCAGAGCAGCAGCCGCACUCGGUAUCUGUGUCUCUUUCGAAGAAUCAGCAGGAUGAUGGAGGUGACCGGACCCCUCAAAUCUACGUCGCCAAGUCCAAGAUCCAGAGCAUGUUGGGCAAGGGAGUUGCAGUGGUUCAGCCCGAGGUUGUGGCCGAGAAGCUCUCGGAUGCGUUUACGUCCCUGCUCGGCCACAUCAACAUGCCUGCGCGAGCCAAACACCAGCGCGCACUCAAGAUCUUGGACAAGCUGUUUUCAUCAGAGUUCGGAUACAUAUCCAACCUCAAGUUUCUGAUGGAGGCGAGUGCUUGGCAGAGUAGACCUGGGCAGAGGGAAUCUUUCGACUCUUUGAAGUGCUGCAGUGGGGCACUGCGGCCACUCAUGGAAAGCGGCCAGACGCGACAUGCCAUUCUCAAAGAAGACCAAGUCAAAUCAAUCUUCUCGCCGAUCAGCUCCAUCCACACAUUUCAUCUGGAGUUUUUGCAGUCGCUCAAGCUGUGCAUGAGCUCUUGCACCGACCACACCUUCGAGAGCUCUAUAUCGGCGUUUGUGUGGAGCAAGAGCAUGAUUGUACAGUCGCUGUACAUGAACUACUCGUUCCACCUGACAGCAAGCCUCUGGGAGACCCACAGAUGCCUGGUCGACAACCCAAAGUUUCGCGACUAUAUCGCCUCGGUUCUGGGAGACAAAUCCAUCCUGGAGAUGCUCACGCUUCCCAUCCGGCGCAGCGGCGAGUACAGGGACAUGCUGCAAGAGCUCGCGGAAGCGUUGCCAAAUCAGCACACCGAAUAUGCCGCCUUUGCGGUCACAAAUCUGGAGAACGACUUGAGCGUGUGCAUGAAGAGCACGCGGAAUCUGUUUGGCAUGAUGCUUCAGAUUGCCGAUCUGCCGCCCUCGUGCUCGACGUCGACCGCAGAAGUGUCGACGUUCAUGCCCGGUCUGACAAACGUUGCCGCCGAUGGCCAUGGACAGGUCGCUCUCCGCUCCAAGCAACUGCUGGUGCUGAUGGACCCCGUCGAGAAGCUCAAGAUCUCCUCGUCCGGAGGCGUUGGCGCAGACGCCCAGGAUCCUUCAAAGUGCGUCUUGCGGGGGGCGAUCAAGCGACGCAAGCCGGUGUAUCUGUACUUGCUGAACGACUGCAUCGUGGUGGUCAAGCCGCAGAAACGGGUCGUGCCGCUGGUGGACUACGAGAAGGACGAGGAAUGGAGCCCGCUGUUUGCACGAGCCGGGCGACCGAGCAAGGCGACCAAGCUGCUCCAGUACCGCGAGAUGUACCUGCGCGACUUUUUGGAAUGCGGCGUGCUGGAAGACCGCGAAGAUCGAGGCUGGGUGGCGACGGAGGCCGACGACUUUGCAGUUUCACGGCUGUCGAUGGCAGGACCCCAAGCAGCCGACGGCGAUACGGCGGAUGAGGGGUUGCGUGGGAACGGGUGGGAGCCGGUGGGAACCAGUGGGAACCAGUGGGAUGCAGUCAUGGAUGCAUAUGGAUCAGCGGCAGCGGCUGACCCGACUCCUCCAUUGCCGCCACCGGACUAA